ACAUAUAACCCAUACGACGCGUGUUCAAAUCGCCGGUCCCUCAGCAAUGAUGCAAACCCUGAAACCACCGCCACCGCUACAUCAUCACCACCAGCACCAGCACCAGCUUCAGCAUCCGCCUCAGCAGCAGCCGCACCAGCAUCAGCAGCUGCAACAUCCAUUGCAGCAGCAGCAGCAGCAACAGCACCUGUCAGCCAUGGAUAAUCAUCAGCAGCAUCAGCCGCAUAUCCAUCAGCAGCAGCAGCAGCAACAAUUGCCACCCACGCCGCAGGCAUCUCACUUGGUCGGUGGGCAGCAACAGCAGCAGCAGCAGCAGCAACAUCCGCACCACAAUCACCUGGCUGUCGACCAGGAUGACCCAAAUCCCGAACUGGUGCUCGCCUUAAUUUCCAGGAACCGGGCGCUCGAGGCUACCAUCCCGAAAUGCGGCGGCUGCCACGAGCUGAUCCUGGACCGCUUCAUCCUCAAAGUGCUGGAGAGGACGUGGCACGCCAAGUGCCUGCAGUGCAGCGAGUGCCAUGGCCAGCUGAACGACAAGUGCUUCGCGAGGAAUGGCCAGCUCUUCUGCAAGGAGGACUUCUUCAAGUCGAACAGACGUUACGGUACAAAGUGUUCCGCUUGUGAUAUGGGCAUUCCGCCCACGCAGGUGGUGCGUCGGGCGCAGGACAAUGUCUACCAUCUGCAGUGCUUCCUGUGCGCCAUGUGCUCCCGCACCCUGAACACCGGCGACGAGUUCUACCUGAUGGAGGAUCGCAAGUUGAUCUGCAAGCGGGACUACGAGGAGGCCAAGGCCAAGGGCCUCUAUCUGGACGGCUCCUUGGACGGCGAUCAGCCGAAUAAGCGACCCCGCACCACGAUCACCGCCAAACAGCUGGAGACCCUGAAAACCGCCUACAAUAACAGUCCCAAGCCCGCCCGCCAUGUACGUGAGCAGCUUUCGCAGGACACGGGCCUGGACAUGCGGGUGGUGCAGGUGUGGUUCCAGAACAGGCGGGCCAAGGAGAAACGACUGAAAAAGGACGCGGGCCGCACGCGCUGGAGCCAGUACUUCCGCUCGAUGAAGGGCAACUGCUCGCCGCGCACCGACAAAUUCCUCGACAAGGAUGAGCUGAAGGUCGACUACGACAGCUUCAGCCACCACGAUCUGAGCAACGACAGCUACAGCACCGUCAAUUUGGGCCUGGACGAGGGCGCCUCGCCGCACAGCAUCCGCGGAUCCUACAUGCACGGCAGCUCGAGUCCGUCGCAGUAUCCGCCGAGCAGUCGCUCGCCGCCGCCAGUUGGCCAGGGCCACACGUUCGGCUCCUAUCCGGACAACAUUGUGUACACCAACAUAGAUCAAGCGGUGGGCUCUAGUUUGCAUGCCAGCAAGGCGCACCACCGCCUACACAAUAGCAACAACGUCUCCGAUCUGAGCAACGAUUCCAGUCCCGAUCAGGGAUACCCCGACUUUCCGCCCAGUCCCGACUCCUGGCUGGGCGAUUCGGGCAGCACCAACACGACCAGCGUCAACAACAAUGCGAACAACAACAGCAGCGGCAGCCACAACAACAACAACAACAACAACAGCAGCGGCGGCGGUGCGAGUAGCGGAGUGAGCGUCAGUACCGCCCCCAAUCCGUCGGCGCCCGGCGUACAUUACUGAUACUCGAAUCUGCUCUUGCGCUAUUUUGAGAUGCAGUCGCGCAGUCUGCUCCUGGCCGCUGCCCAGCAGCAGCAUCAACACUCGUCGCAGCUAUAGCAGCGUCAUCACACUGAACGCUCGUAGCAGCAACAGAAACGGAAACAGAAAUAGAAACGGAAACAGCAACAGCAUUAGAGGCAGCAACAUGUGACUUGGCGAGCUGCAACACCGACUGCAGCAACAUGUGACUUGGCGAGCAGCAACACCGACUGCAGCAACAUGAACGGAAAUGCUUGAGAAAUGCUUGAGAAUUGCGUGAGAAAGGUGGCAACGCUGCGCACGGCUCGCACACACACACACAGCCUCACACCCACAUCCACACCCUAUUGUUUAUGCACUCAGCGUUCUUAAUUUUGAGAAAGCCUACACCGAAACAAAAAUCCAAAACACAAUUUGCUCAAAACACUUGAUUUCACUUCGGUUUGCCAAAGGUGGGCUUAGCUUGAAGAUACACCUGACACGGCUUGAAUGUUACUAGGCGUUAUGAUUAUCUGUUUUCGAACGAUUACUUCGCUCUAUGAUUUAGAUUCGUAGCCCUGAUAUUUUAUUGUAAAUAUUGUAUAUUUGUGUAUAGUGAAUGGAAACUAAAACUGAAUUUUAAAUUAA